AAUAGAUAAAAGACAGUAUAAAUAUUAAAAAACUCUUUGACUCAGUCGCAUAAAAUCAGAUUUGAGUAAAACGACACCAACUAUGAAGUUAACAGUGAGCUUAUUUGUGCUGUUUGCAGUGUUUAGUGGUUGUUAUUCUCAGUUUCCACAAUUGGGAACAACGGAGACUUCAAUAGGAUACGGAACAGGAUAUAAUGGGGACACAAUUAUAGAGUCUGUUUUUAGUUUGGCGGAUUCCAUUUUGGGUUUUGAUCAGGCAGUGGUGGAGGCACUAAGUAAUAACUUCAAUAAGCUCGUAGUAGAGUUCGAGGCGGCCAUAGCAAAUACCCUACCCUUGGUUAAGGAAUUUUUCCCGGAUCCCUCAGCUUAUGAUGUGAUUGUUUACAAAUUAAGCAAUUAUACCGAUCAAGUUACUGCAUAUUUUAACCAAAAUACAGAAAACCUGAAGGCAGCCUUGGAUAGCAUUCCUAAGCCAGAUCUACCUAUAACUUCGCAGGCUUCAAUCGGGGCCCUAAUUCCAAGUUUUGUAGAAGUAUUUAACUAUUUAAGCCAGGUGAUAAUUCAAGUUGUUCAAAAAGCUCCACCUGUUCCUAACUUUUUUUCUGUUCUAUUAAGUGUGUUCUUCGAUUUUGUUAAAUCUUUAACAAAUUUCCCCAAACUUCUUGCCAGUGACGUGUUCUCCGGUGCUGGUGCAUUUGGCGAUCUCCUAGAGAUUAUAGGAAAGAAAAUCAUCCCAAGUAUAGUACCUGGCUUCAAUAUAUCAGCCAUAGUUUCCGGUAUUCCCGAUAUAGUACCCAGCUGGAAACUUUAAGCUUACAAAGCUUUAUAGGCCUGGAUCCCGCGUACCAAAAAAGUUUAUUAAUUGCGGAAAAUAAUAGCUUAACGGUGUCUGGUCUGACAAACUUUGAAGCAUGGGAACACUGGAACAGGAGAAGUUUUAAUUGUGGAACAGAUUAAAAAUUUGGAACGUCAGACUACGAAAACGUCCCAUUUGUUUUUUCGGACAGAACUUCCAAUUGAUUUGUUACCAUUUCAUUAAACUAUCAUGCAAAAGUCAGACGGGUGUUUAUCACUAACUGGGAAGAACAUGUCAAAUGACAGGAAUCAUGUUGGUUAGUAACAGCAGUCUCAUUUUUGCAUGAGAGUUUAAUGAAAGGGUAACAAAUCAAUUGGAUGUUCUGUCCGACAAAGUACAUUUGACGUUCUCGUAAUCUGACGUUCCAAAUUUUUAACCUGUUCCACAAUUUAAACUUCCCCUGUUCCAGUGUUCCCGUACAUCAAAGUUUGUAUGACUAGAUACCAUUAAGCUAUUAACAAAUUUUCAGCUUGCUGUUAAUCGACUUUUUUUAGGUAUGCGGGAUCCAGGCCAAUUAUUUAUUUAAAUAAAUAUUCUAUAUAACCCUAAUUACUCUUAAAUAAUUAUCUACUUUUGUUAAAAAUAUAUGUAGUACUUCGUAAGGCCCUAACUAUGUUCAAAUAUGUCAGUAGAAAUAUGCUUAAUUAAAGAAAUUCCUAUGUUUCAAAA